AUGGUUAUUUCCUUGGAUCGAAAUGCACAACGUCAGGUCGACCAAUUUCAGGGAUGGGCAGCAAAUUGUGGAGUUGAGGCAGAUAACGGGUUUUGUUUGGUGGGCGGAAUGGUGGAUGGAAAUGAAGAUUACCACGCGGUCACUUCCACUGGGGCGUCACAGGGAAAUAGGGUCUUGGCAGUUCCCAGUGAGAUGAUACUAUCAGCCUCUCAGAUUGCACAAGAAUUUCGAGGAUAUGUGGAAUCGGCUCUACAGAGUCUAGAGCAAAAAGGCUAUUUACAUUUGGAACCACACUUUCACUUGUUUCUAAAAAUACUAAUGGAAUACGAGAAGGGAGAAAGUUCGGCCUAUUAUCCUUGGUUGAAUUCCCUGCCCCGCCGAUGGAAUACGGCCGUAUCCUUUGAUUACUUUUGCAUGUCAACGCUCCCUCCUUAUAUCAAAAAAAUAUGCCAGAAGAAACGUGACGAACUCUCUGCCUUUCAAGAGUCGCUCAAAUAUUUUGACUACAUUCUUCCUGAAACCAAAUCUGACGACGAACUUGUGAAGUUUGCCUACAAUGUUGUAAUGACUCGCAUCUUGCCUUCACAAGAAGACCAUAAUAUUGUUCCAGCUGCUGACUACUUCAAUCAUGGUAAUGAAGCCAAUAUUGUCAUUUGUUACAACAACAACAACAACAACGAACAGACAACAGCGAACUGCGAAGUCUACGCGUCACGAGACAUUGCCCCUGGAGAAGCACUGACAUUGACUUAUGACAUGCCUACAAACCCAUCACAUCUGUUGGCGACCUAUGGGUUUUUGAACGAAGCACCCGCCACCUACUGCAAACUUCUCUUUACCAAUCCGUCGGAAAAGUUGAAACAAAUUGGAUACGAUCCUUCCCAGUUGUUAUUUUCUACACAAGAUGGAAGCAUUUCCUCUCCAAUCUGGGAUGUCAUCUUGUAUUCCAAGUUGGAGCGAACUCCUGGCAUGGCCGAAGCCAAGAAUGCAUUCUACGAAGCGCACAUGAGUGGUGACGAAGCGACAAAGUUUGCCAUUCACUCCCAGUUCCAAGAAGCAACUUGUACCGUUCUGCUGGAGCAUGUGGAGACAAUUCUCAAGGAGGUAUCGCAGCUAACUUGUAUGAUGGAGCAAUUUCGGGAUGAAGACCGACACCCACGACUACCACUGCUCAUGGAGCAUCAUGCCAUGGUAACAUCGACCUUUUCCAAAGUCCGCUACAAUCUUCGUUCCAUGUAUUAA